CCCGCUUCCGGUCGUCGUCGUCGCCGCUGCUGCCGCUGGUGCUGCUGCUGCUGCUGAGGCUGCUGGCGGAGGCCGGAGGAUCGGGCGGCGGCGGCGGCGGCGGCUGAGAGGGCGGCGGCGGGAGCGGAGCGGGACAAGGGAGCGAGAGGAAGCGAGCGAGGAGCGAGCGGAGCGCGCCCAGCCCCGCCCGCCCUUCCGCCCGCCGGAGCAGCCGGAGCAGCCCGGGCCCCCAGCCGCCGCCGCCGUCACCGCCGCCGCCAGCCUGCCAGCCCGCGGGACAAAGCCCGAGAGCCCGUGCGCAGAGCCAUGUCCUCGUCCGCCGGCAGCGGCCACCAGCCCAGCCAGAGCCGCGCUAUCCCCACCCGCACCGUUCCCAUCAGCGACGCCGCGCAGCUACCUCAUGACUAUUGCACCACGCCCGGGGGGACGCUCUUCUCCACCACACCGGGAGGAACCCGAAUCAUUUAUGAUCGAAAGUUUCUAUUGGAUCGUCGCAAUUCUCCCAUGGCUCAGACCCCCCCCUGCCAUCUGCCCAAUAUUCCAGGAGUCACCAGCCCUGGCACCUUAAUCGAAGACUCCAAAGUAGAAGUAAACAAUUUGAACAACUUGAACAAUCAUGACAGGAAGCAUGCAGUUGGGGAUGAUGCUCAGUUUGAGAUGGACAUCUGACUGUCCAAGAGCAUCAGAAGAAAAGCAGCAACACUGAUACCUGUGUGUACCUGAUUUGGCUGAUAGGAUCAACAGUGCAAAGACCGAAGAGGCAGUACCAGCAGUCCCUGUUGCAGUCUCCACCUCCUCCUCUUCCUCCGGGUGCCAAAGGAUGCGAAGAUGAGCUGCAUCUGAUCAUUUCUUCUCCCUGUUUCCUGUUCCCCUUCCCAGUUAGACAGUUAGAUUGAAGGCCCUUGGCAUAUUUCUGUAGAACUAAGAGCGCACAGAGGAAAACAGUUAAACUCUGGUUCCUGUCCACCAUGCCCCAUUUUUUUUUUUAAUCCCAAGUCAACCUACCAAUUACUGGCUGGCUGGGAAGUCUGGAGAAGUGAUAUGGAGUUUUGAUGUGUUCAGCAUCAUUCAUAUUCUUACCCUCUGUUUCUCUCACCCAUGUUUCAGUGCUGCAAGAAUCUGGAUUUGGGGGCUUGAAAACCAUUAGAGGGAAAUGGUAAACAGGAAGAGAGCUGCUUUCCCUUUACCUUAAAGUGUUUGUCCUUGGGGACAGAGCACAGUUUGUACAAUUCUAGUAGCAUUACCCUGUGGCACUGUUCUGAGGUCCAUUUCCCCUCCUUCCUCUGGGAGGAGUGUCUUGUCUGUAGUAUUAACAUUUCAUCUUCCCAUUCCUUUACUUAGCACAGUUGUGCAACAGUUUCGUUACAUCAGAAGAGUCCUCAGUAACUAGCUGUUCUUUCCUCCUUUUCUCCCGUUCCUCCCUGCUUGCAUCUCAUUGCUUGCAGUCGUUUUAUACUCUGAGCUCUCUGGGUGAUUUCACCUGCUCCCAGAGCAGGCCCGUACCACAUGACAGAGGCACUUCGGAUAUGACCGAUCAUAGUAUUCUGCAGGGGGAUAACCCAAGAAUGACCUCGGAAGACACUGAACCCUCUGAGUACCCAGGCUCAGUAGUCAUUGUUUUUCAGUCCCGUGAGCAUUGUGAUAUUUGUUGUCUCUGAUUGUAGUUUCUUGCAUUUUAAGUUUAAAGUUGACUUUCAGAAUCCUCUUAGAAAAGAUCUAAACUUUUUUCCUUUGUGGACCUGCUUUGUUUGGCUGCUGAGAUAGACAAACAUGGGCUUAAAAAUGUGUUCCUCCCAGUUUUCUUGCCCUUCACAUGGUACUCUGAAUUUCCUUUUCCUUCUCUGCCUCCCUCCCUCUUUCUCUCCUUCCCUUUUCUCUGCCAGGCCAUUUUUCAAAUAGACAUCCAAGAUACCUCAAAUGUUGGUAUCUGAUAAUAUCUGUCUCUCUUCUUAUCUGAGGAGAGACCUUUUAUUUUUAAGAUGAGUACAGACCUAUUUUUACAUAUGUUUUCAGUACAAUUUUGAACAGCAACUUUUUAAUUACACAUCUUCUGGUGUUAGGAAGGUGAGAAAUGUCCCUAGGCGAGUCUGCUGUUCCAUGUCACCAUCCCUUGUCUCCCCUAGUCCCUUAAGAGCUCUUUUCCUUCUCCUAGUUUUGGGUGUGCAUGUUUGGAGUUUGUAGUGGGUGGUUUGUGAAACUGGACCAUUCUGCCUUCCCUGGGUCCUUCACGAAAGCCUCAUUCUUUUCCCUUACCCUUUGCUGCUUCAUUCCCCUCCCUCCCCCCCCCCCCCAACGCUGCUGUUCUGACUAUUAACUGGCACAGUAAUCCUGGGAGAGUGACUCCCCUCAGAGAAAGACAAGUAAAAGAGCCACUGAUGUCCUGGGAAUUUCUGGUUGGAUUUGGUGCCCUGAACCCUCUUAUUAAGAGAUCAGAUCCUAGGGUGAGAAUAGCAGACAACUGGCUAAGAAAGCAAGCUGUUUGUUUUUCUUUUAAACUAUGAAAAGACCUUGUUUGCGAAUACAUUUUAGACAGAAGAGAGGAAGAAUGUCUGAGGAACUUUGUUCUGUUUUCUGCUACAAAAGGUGAAUAGUUCAAAGAGUGAAGCCUUUUGUGAUGGUUGACGUCUCUCAGGAACAAGCUGGAUCUCCAAAGUUUUGGAGAUGCUUUCAGUCUCAAAAAUUGAUGAUUAGAAAAGUAUUUUUUUUUUGUAUGUUUGUUUAAUGUGUUCCUGUUCUGAUUUUAAUUAAACUCCAAAUUUCACUUUAUAUACUCUUGGAAAAACUUAAGGUGCAUCAGUAACUUGCAUGAGAAGCUUGCUCAGGAUCUCAUUGUCCUCUGCGAGCUUGAUUCUUUGGGAAUGAAGCUUUCAUUCUUCUCAGACCCUGGCCUUGGUGUCCUGUGGAAUCUGACUCAACUACAGCUGGUCAGUGUCAGUGAGCAGAAGUGCAUCCCCUGCUUGGUCUUUACUGCUAUGCAUGAAAAUUUGGCUUGCUCACUGAGCAACAAGGAAUGAAUUUAAAAGAUGUCAGCUUGAGUAGUCUCAAGAUGCUAUGUUCCCCUUUUUUGCUACCUUGAGGAACUUCUGCAGGUGGCCCCCUAAUCAGAGGCCAUAUUUCUAGUAUUUCUUGGGCGUGUCAGCUGUAUAAUAUAGCAGCUUCCCAGUCCUUUAGCUGUCUCUGUAAGGACCUCCAUGCUGCUUGGUGCAUUUCUUUCCUGGAGGCCACUGCUACUAGAGAUACUUUGGUCUCCAUAAAUCGAUGCUUUAAAGAUAAUUUCACGAGGCAGUAGAUAAACUUCUAACAGAUGACAACUUUGUGCGAUGCCUCACAGAAGCAUUUUCAGGGCAAGCCAGAAUCCAGUGGGUGGCUUACUCCUGGAUGUUUGGAAAGAAUCUCCCAGUUGAACCCCUAAAUGAAUAACCUAUCCGGGCCUUUUCUUGGGGAGGGAACACCCUUGAGGGUAUCAUUGAGUGAGAUGGUUCUUAAAAUCUUAGUGAUCUUUUGUACUUUCCUUUUUAUGAGGAGAACAUGUUUCUGUGCUUGUGGGGACAAUCCAUCUUCAUGAGAAAUGACCUUCCAGAUUCCAGCAGGAGACAUGCAUUGUUGUGACUCUACCUCCUUCAUAGGGUGGUGGUACAUUGAGUUCACCACUUCCUCAUAUUCUGUUUAUAUGGCUAUAAUGUGCUCAAGAGCACAGUUUAGAGAAGCUGGCUUCUAGCUAUUAGGCUUCCCAGCCAAGAGUUUCGUCCUUUCACCUGUGUUAUCUAUUGCUAUGUAACAGGUUACCCCCAAACUAAAUCUUAAAAGAGCAAGCAUUGGCGGUUUCUGUGGGUUAGGAGUUGGGAAGCAGCUUAGCAUGAUGGUUCUGGCUCAGGAUCAUAAGAAAUUGCAGUCAAACAUCAGCAAGGUUUACAGUCACCUGGGGUUUGAGAAUCCACUCCCAGGCUCUCUUUGUGGCUAUUGGCAAGAUGCCUCAAUCUCUCCCUAUGUGGGUCUCUUUUGUCUCUUUUUAGGGCAGUGUGAGUCUCCUCAUACCAUGGCAGCUGGCUCCCCCUGAGUAGGUGAUUCCAGAGAGAGGGCAAGGAGGACUCUGCAGUGCCUUUUAUGACAGUCUCUGAGAGCACACACCGUCACUCCUUCCUUAUUCUGUUCCUUAGAAGCGAACCACAAGCCCAGCCUAUACUCAAGGGGACGGGAAUCACACACACCCUACUGAAUGGAGCAGUAAGAAUCUGUGGAUAGAUCUUAAAACCGCCUCACCCCCAAGAGAAGGUGAAACCAGAUCAACAAGGGGCGGGGGUAGGUUAAAACUAGAUGAUACACUGAGAGAGGUGGUCUUACUAAAAACAAUUCUCUAAGAUGUGCAUCAACAAACAAAAAAAGACUCCCCAUGGCCACCUGCCGGUUUUGAGAGGGGUGACGAGAAAAGGCAGUUCCCGGGAGAAUGUAUCUAUAUGUUUGCCUGAUGUAUACUACCAGCGGUCCAGGGAUGCUUUGCAAGUCCUUGGCUUGGGAUCUCUAAGGCUCGAUACCAUUUACUCGUUAUCUCCUUUAGCCAGGAAUUGACAAAGGGAAGUGAAUCCUUCUAGUUGAGCCACGUAAGUGGACUUUGAAUCAGAGUUGUCAAGCAAAGGGAGCAAAUGUGUAUUAGAUGUUGGUUACUGGGCUGAAGAAAAGCCAACUGUUUAGAUUCAGGGUGAAAUAGCUGAUAGCAUCCGGAAGCCAGGUGUGUGCCAGAGUCCAUGCUUAGCACCUGCUCUUGCCAACCAUACCAGCUGAAGCAGAUUUGGGUCGGGUGUCACCCAAGAAGCUUCUCAAUAAAGUAGGGGACAUCUGGGAAUUAGAAACACCUGCCUGUGCUUGAUUGUUCAGGUUAACUGUGUGCUCAUCACAUCCUGAGCUUUCUGAUGGAAAUGAGGUCUUAAAGAGAACCAGCCAUAUCUUCACUCUGGAGAGAAACUUAGAUGAGGCUUGUCAGUUCAGCACCUUAGCGAAUGUCUGCUCUGUGUUUCUGGCACCUGUGUGCAGCCAAGCUUUGGAGAGUUCAGACAUCUUAAGGAUGUAAAUUCUUGUUUGACUUUAUACUCCACCUUUCCCACGUACCUAUAGCUGUGCUUGCUUUAGAGUAUACUUGAGUAAAAGCAUGCUGCUGAAGCAGCUAUUUUUUAAAAAAGUACUUCUCCCAGAAGUAAGGAACUCAUCUUUAAAGCACCUUCAAAUGAAUUUGUUUCCUUCUAAUUUUUUCAUAAUAGACGGUCUUUUAUAUUUGCUGUUGGCUUACCUGCUCUUUGGAUCUCUGAGACCUUACCUUCCCAAUUCAAACAUUUCCAUUAGAAUGCAACCUGCUAGACAUUUGAGCUUUCACCCCAGAGGCUUUCAUUUGGCCAAUGCAUAUUGACUCCCUGCUUUGAAUCAAGGCACCUGGUGUAAGGGGCUCAUCGUGUUGGCAGCAGUAUCCCAGAAACGGAAUCUUUUUCCAUUGUCCCUGUCUUGGAGACUUGAUGGGGAUUAGGUAUCUUGGCUGCUUGAAACCAAGGCCCUCAGCUCUUUGCAUUCCCCUCUAGACAGGAGGCCCACUGCUUUUCUUUACCUGGGUCAGAACUUUCCCCUCUUGGCAUGUUUCUCUACUACGUGCAUAUGGGCAGCUAUUUAUUAUCUGCAAAACCCAAUCUCUUACCCACCCAUGACAUCUGAGAGGAAGGAGUAUUUGUUUUAAAGAAGCACUGUUUCUUUGGGAGGGCAAUUUCUAUCUGGACUUUGAAGGGAGCAUGGUUACUGUGCAUUACCACCCCCCACUACCACGAAAUUCUUUCCCUCUCUCUCACUUUUAAUAAAAGGUGGCAUUAGACUUUGAGGCAGUUGGGUCCCAGGUCUUUAGAAUGCUUAUCCCCCCCACAGCAUUUCCUGUUCUAGCCAUGUUUUUCCAGGUGACUAUUGGAGUUUCCCUGAGGCUGGCUCACAAACGUUUCUCACUGCAGACUAAGGGUAUUUGGUACACACUUGAUUUUUCAAUCAUUUAUGUCACCUUUCCCACGCUAUGGAAAUUACGUUUCUCUCUCUGGGCUGGUCCUGGAAAAUUGAUACCUUUUGGCAAAGCUUAGAUUUAGGAGAAGUCUUUCAAGUCCCUGUUCAGAUGGUCUGUGGUUUUCUCUUUGCUUCCUCUGCCUGCAACCCUGGCAGAUCAUACUGUUUGGAUCCCAAAUAGAAAAUAGUAGUGAGAUGAAACACAUUCCUGGGGUAUUUAAACUCUUACUCUGCCACCUUUCUAAGAGUGGGAGGCUGGCAGAGAGAUGCUGCAAUGCUUGAUAAUCAUUUGGCCACAUUGGAAUUUCCAAAGGGAGCUCUUGCUGGUGCUUAAAACCAAAAUUCCCGGACAUCUGAGUUUCCAUGAAUGUAGCACAUGUUGCCCCAAUGUACCCUCUUCCUCUCCAUCUUAAUCUUUAAAAACAAAAACCCAGGCCCAGGCCAAGGGUAAUUUUUACUUGAAACCAGGAGACUGGGGGAGGAACACUAGCAACGAGGGACAAGCUGUGUGGGUGAGCCGUCCUGCUCCUGCUGUCUGUUCCCAUCACUGAGGACUGUGAGCCAGUGCCUUUCCUUCACCCGGAGAUGGAGCCUAUCUCCUUCCACCUGGGUGAGGAGACCCUCUGCUACCCAGGGGUAAACCUUAAAGAGGGUGUCUCGGAGAGCCCAGAAGACACUUAUAUAUUUGGGUGUCCAUUUUAAGCAUCUUUAAAAUACUUUAUAUAUUAAAAAAAAUGCCCUUCCCUGUUUUUAUGCCACCAGUGGCCCAGUUCCAUCCAUUCUGAGUGGAAAAGCAGAGACUGCCAGUACUUUCCUUGGUCUUCCCUUCAUCUCCCUUGAUGUGAGUGUCCCCUGACCCCUCCCAUCCAUUUCAUUGUAGUGGAUGGAGAGCAGAGGGCACCAUGCAGUCCUGAGUGAUUCCGUGAUCAGGUUUUUGUUUUUCUGUGUUUCCAAACCAGCAAGUGUUUGGAAAUUAGGGAAAAAAAUUAAAUUCUCACCAACGGUUGCUGUUACAGUUAAAUCAAUAAAGAUCUUGAGCAUCA